CUUUUUUCUCUUUUUCUUCUUCUUGGUUUUUUUUUUCUUAGUGCUCCUUUUUACUUUUCCAUUUCUGGUCAUGGAGAACAAUAAUAAAACAGUGCCGUUGCUUUGCAUUGCCGGUUGUGGAUUCUAUGGCAAUGCCAUGUAUAAUAACAUGUGUUCUCAAUGCUACAAGUUGGCAAACAAGGGCAAGGAAGAUCAUCGGUCAACUUCAUCCACGACUACAUCGUCCACAUCGCCUUCAUCUGCGAGUAAACCCUUAUCGACAGAACAAGAUAAAAAUGUGGAAGCAACGGCACCGAUAAUCCGAAAUUCCAAGACGACGUCGACUCCGCACGAUGAAUCACAAGCACCUUCUCACAGUCCGACCCAUAAUAUCUUGCCUCGCAAACACCCUCGAUCGCCAUCCCCUGUUUCUUCCCCGUUACCACACACGGUAGCAUCUUCACCGGCGUCGACAUCGACUGGGACGGACGGAUUCCCCUCUAAUAGUAAACCCGCACAGACAAACAAGGGCCGAUGUUUCAAAUGCCGCGUUAAGAUUCCACUUGCCAAACAAGCGGCGAACAAAUGCCGAUGCGAGUACAUCUUUUGCGAUUCACAUCGGUACCCCGAUCGUCAUGAUUGUGAAAUUGACUACGCCAAAUUGGAUAGAGAUAUAUUGGCCAAAAAUAAUCCCAAAUUGCAUCAGCGACCUAAAGGAGGUCGUUCCUUCCAGAGAAUCGAUAGUCUGUAACUCAUUCAUACUUGCGAUUUCUUAUGACCCUACUGCAUCGUCUGCUUCAUCCUUGCAGCUACGUAAAGCGCGCCCCCGCCCUCUUCUGCAUCCACUAUUUCAACAUGCUUCAUUACUCUUUUUUUUCUUUGGCUGUAUAUUUUUCAGAGUUUCUCUGCCUUGACUUUUAACCUUUCUCUUUUUCCACCACAAACCAGCUGACAAGGGUGAGAGAGAGACUGAGAGUAUCAUGGAAUAUUUUCUGGGGGAAAUUCAUCACAUACACAAUACCCAUGGUUGGAUUUCCUUGAGGAGUUUUUUUUUUUUUUUUUUUUUUGAAUAACCCAUGCUGCUGGUAUAGAGUCUUGUUAAUUUUUCCUUUCAUAUUUUGGAAAUAAAUUGAUCAAUCGGUAUCCGUCG